AUGAAUUUUGAAAAUUCGGAUACAAAUUCUUAUGAAAACUUAACUCUAGAACAAGAUGAACUAUAUAAUCUUGCUCCUUCUUUUGCUGAACUUAAUUUAAAUAAAUAUGAUGAAACUAAUGAACUUAUCCAUCAGCAUGUUCAGGAAUUAUGGAAAUCUGAUCAUGCUUUUAUUGAUGAUCAAACAAAACAAGAACUUAAUAAUUUUCUUCAUAAUUAUGCAAUUAUUUACAGAUAUCUAUCACCAGAAUAUAUAAAUACGGUUAAAUUUAUUAAAGCUUCUGAUUUGUGUAAUAAAUGUGAACAACUUCAUGCUAAUAUUUAUAUUAUAGACAAUGUUGAUAAUAAACAAAAAUACCAAGCAGAAUAUAAUUUUCAUUGCAUAGCUACAAUAAUUAAGUUUUUUAUGACAUUAGAACCUAAUGGGUUAAAAAAAAAAGCUAUAAUUUAUAAUAACCUUUCUUUUGAUUCACUUAAAUCUUUAAACACAAUUUUUUUAAAACCUAUAUCUUUAAAACAUCAGAUACUAUUGUUUAAAGAUAUUCAUCCAUAUGUAUAUGAUUCAUAUAAAGAUAAGUUGUGUUUUGCUCCAAAUGAAAAUAAUAAAAAUUCAGAUUCAAAUUAA